AUGAAUGUUUGGUGUGAUGAUGUAAUAGGUUAUCGAUCUGACAUUAGAGCUAUCACCAAAGAGCUUAAAAAGGACUCUUUAGGUCUUAAAAAUAGACUUCAAUCUAUACUUUAUGAUGCUCAAUAUGUGUUGCUGAGUACAAAUAUUUUUAAUGAUAUACCACUUGUGGCGAAUGAGAGAUGCGGCCUAUGGUAUAUUCCAAAGCCUAUGUUGACUGACACUUGUUACUUCAAGUCAACUGAUGGUCAUACCCAUCAUUGGAAGUUUUCAUUUCGAAGGCUAAAUUUGCAUUUGCUCUCUCUUUUUUCAAAUCAUACAACGAUAGCAUUAGUGGAUUCUACUCGAAAGGGAAAGAUAAUGCCAGACGCUUUACUGAAAACUCUUCCUAUUUGGUGUUCUGUUAUAAACAGUAUUUUGUUUGAAGAUGUUUCAGAUCAAUAUUUGGCCAAGGAGAUGGGAUUGAAAGAAGAUGUCGAUGUCUCGUUUCUAUUAAAUUUAAAGGAAAACAAAUGGCUACUCGUACCCGAAGAAGUUAUAUCUGCUAAUGAAGCAAAUGAGAUUCGGAAAAAGAUAGAUAGCUUUGUUGCAGAAGUUCAUCGCCUUCAAUUAUUCGAUAAAGAAUACCUAAUUCAAAAAUUGGGUUCAUUACGACCAAUUGUUCCACAGUGGCUCUAUCCGAGUAAGACAAGAAGUAAAGAUGCAGUUAUUGACAACUCAGUGGGGCCCAUUUUAACAGUCUUGUGCAUCACUGCGUCAGCAAAAGUGACCAACGAGGAUUCAAGAAUCACCGUCAGAUACACUGAGGAGGGUCGAAUCAGCUCAACUUCAUGGGUGUAUGUUCAGGGUUCAGGCGAUGACCAUGAGCUUUGGGCAACCAAGCGACUCUGUGAUGGUGACUUCACUCCAAAUUUUUUCUGGAAUCACAUUUAUAAUAGAGGAAACAAAACAAAUCCGUCAUUCAUUAACAAUCAUACUGGCCUAAUUCAUGACUGGAUAACUGAUGGAGAGUUGAUCACAAGAAUCAAUGCUGAAUACAACGAUGCAAAAUUUCUGCUGGCUACUUCUUCGGAUCUAGAUAUAAGCUAUAUCAGAAAUGCAUCCCAUGACACUAAUAUUGCAAUUGGCACUAUUGAGAGCAACCUUAACUAUGCAUCAUUUAUUGAAUCAAAUAGCGAAUUUCAACAAGUUGUGAUAUUUUCUGAUAAAUUUGAGGUUCAAAAUAUACCUAAAAGGUCAAUAAAGAUACUACGAUAUGAAAUAGACUCCUCGAAGAAGGGUGCCAAACAGUUGAGAAUGGCUCUUCCUCAAAUAUUACCACAUAUUUGCAUAGAGAAUAGAAUUUUAAUUAUGUGUGAGUCGGGAAAAGAUAUAAGCGUAGGAUUAGCAUUGGUCUUACUAUGCAAAAAUUUUGAUUUGGAAUGGUCUAAAGUUGGACUGUCUGUUAUUAACAAGGACGUUGUUAGAAGACAUUUAAGUCAAAUAGGUGAUAUCCGAAAAGUGAAUCCAAGUCGAAAUACUUUACAAAGUGUGAACUCAUUUCUUAUGUAG